CUUUUUCGUCUCACAUACACGUUUUACGCCAUCUUGAAAUUAUAACCGCAGCUCAAGUCGCUCCCACAGCGAAAAGCACAACAACUCCGUUCAUUAGAGCCCGUUAUGAACGGUUCACGAAACAAACCAGCAACGACAGUCAGCAAAGGUGAGAAGGACGCAGACACCGGCUCAGAGACGAACCACAAGGAUAGAAAGAGCGGUGGAGGAAUGCUGAAGAAGCUGAAGUCGAGGCGCAGUCAGACGGAUAAGUGGCCUGUGGUCACAGAGGAUGAACUGCGGGCUUUGGGAAGAGAUAUCACCCCAGACAAUGUCCUGGGUCUCCGGGCAGUCACGGAGGACUAUCUGUGCAAACCUGAAGACAAUAUCUACAACAUUGACUUCACACGUUUCAAAAUCAGAGAUCUGGAGACGGGAACAGUGCUGUUUGAGAUUGCCAAACCUCCUAACAGCAGUCCUGCGGAGGGUGAAGAGGAGAGUGGAGAUGCAGACACCAGUGCAGGUCGCUUUGUGCGAUAUCAGUUUACACCAGCCUUCCUCAAACUGUGCACUGUUGGUGCAACUGUGGAGUUCACAGUGGGAGACCGGCCCAUUAACAGCUUCCGUAUGAUCGAGCGGCAUUACUUCCAGGGACGCCUUCUCAAGAACUUUGACUUUGAUUUCGGUUUUUGCAUUCCCAACAGCCGCAACACGUGUGAACAUAUUUAUGAGUUUCCACCGCUUCCAGAAGACCUCAUUCGUCAAAUGGUGGCGCACCCUUACGAGACCAGAUCAGACAGUUUCUACUUUGUGGACAACAAACUCAUCAUGCACAACAAGGCAGAUUAUGCCUACAAUGGUGGUCUGUAAAACCCAAAGGAUAAAAUGUUUGCAAUACUUCCCAGAGGAUUGAUUUCCUGCAUUACAACCAUUCAAAAGCUUCUUGUUGGGAAACAGAAGUAUUCUCUCCUUUUGUGAACAUUCCACCGAACGUGACAACAUUCUUCAGGACCAACAGACCACAUCUGCCUUCAUAUGAAAACAUGGAUCCAUUCAUCAGUACCUCAUAGAGUUCGGUUUCUGGGACUCUGAGGAAUGUUGGGUCAAAUAUUUCUCUGUUAAAUCUGACUGAAACCUUUUUGUUCUGUCUCUCAGUUUGUCAUACAAGUAUCAUGUUACACUUUUGCCUUAAGUUUCUUGCCGUCUCUGCUGGAAAGGGACACUUUUAGUAACAGACCUCUCAUGGCAAAGCCUAUAGACUGUGUUAGUUACAUAACUUCAUUUACAUUAGUAUAUAGAUGUUAUCAGUCGACAAUUGUGUUUCCUGUAUGGGAAAGCGAGCAUUAAUAGAUGUUUUACAGUAUUGUUAGUCAUAGAUGGUCAUGUAGCACAAGUUGACAUUGUUUGAGUUUCAUUACUUCAUUUAAGGAGCAGUGUGUAGGAUUUAGGCAGAUCUACUGACACACAUGGAAUGUAAUAUUCAGAAUUGUGUUUUCAUUAGUGUAUUAUAACCUGAAACUAAGAAUAGUUGUAUUUCUGUUAGCCUAGAACAAGCUCUUCAUAUGUACAUUGGGAACAGGUCCUCUUCCAUGGAGUCCGCCAUGUUUCCCCACCAUGUUUCUGCAGUAGCCCAGAACAGACAAACCAAACACUGGCUCUAUAGAGGGCCCUUUAUUGUUUUUACAUUAACUGAAGGCCACUGUAGGUUCUCCUACAUGCUUGGAAAGGGAGGUUUGAGUGGAGGGAUAUUCAGUUGCUUGUAAGAUGUAACCUCACUGCUGCAUGCCACUAAAUCCUACACACUGGUCCUUCAAAUAUCUACUAUCAGUUGGGAGUCAUUGGGACUGUUGGGACGUGUCUGAUAUUUAAGCUUGGUGUCUAUUUAAUAAGGAACAUUUGGUGGAACAGUCUUCUCUUUCAUAGGACUCUUUUAAAAUUAAAAUUAAAAUCAAGAAUAGCAUGGCCUAUUUGCCCAAAAAAAAGAGUUUUAUACCAAGUCCUACCUGACUGUACUGUGAUUGGCUAAUAAAUCGUUGCCUUGAUGUGUCUUUGUGAUUGCAUGCUAUGCAGAUUUGGAGAACUGUGCUCGGCUUGUUUUCUGUAACCAGUGUAACAUGAAAGCAUGGUGGAUUUGGCAAGCUAACCAGCCAGCCAGUAAAUAAGUAAAAUUUAACAACUUAAUGUUUCAACCAAACAGUCUUGUUACAUCGUAGAAAAGCACAAUGCUGACUCCACAUAAUCCACCUAUCACAGCACAUGCCUUUUCUCUCAUUUCAGUAGACUUGAAAGUAAGCCAUAAGCUCAUUAAAAAAUCAGGGGAAUUGGUGUUAAUGACCAAUUAUCUGGCAGCAGCAUGAGCUUUCCAAAGCUGUGUAAAGAGUAUGUUGAUGAAGCAUCAAGUUGUUCAUUAAGCCAUUUAGCAGCUGGCUAGGUAGCUAGCUAGCUUUUGUUCUUUCGUGCUGUGGUGGUUACAGAAAAAAUGUUGAACAAAGCUGUAACUGAUAUUCUGCACUGCAUUCAAUCACAAGGAUGCCUUGAGGCAACAAGUACUAACCAAUCACAACACAGAAGGGUUGGACAGGGUUGUAAGAAGUAAACACUGUUCACCCUGCUAAUAUCUGUUACAGUUUUUACAAAAUCAUUGGCUACAGGGUUUUGUCUUCCUGGUUUAUCCACUCCAGUGUGUAAGCACAUCGUUAUUUAAUCCCUUGAGGUCUGUCUUCCUGUUUUUUUUUGUGUUUUUUUUUUGGCACAACAGCACUGUGAAUUCCACGCAACAGAGGUUGCCCUUUUUCUCUAUUAAAAAAUACCCUGUUUUAAGAAUUAUACUGAUAGUUUGCAUAUUGUAGCCCAUUUACUACCAACUGUGUCUUCCAGUCUAAAUAUCCACUGUGAAUAGCUAGUUCCAUUUCUCUGAUUUUCAUAUUGUACAAACAUGAAUGGAAAUAAGAGGCUGUCUGAGUGGCCGGAAAGAAUUCUAAAACCUUGAAAAUGGUCAGCAUUGCUUUGACGCUAUUAUGUAAUGGAGUUGAGAUCAUGCAAAACCACUGAGGCAGUCUGGAAGUAAUUUUCAAUUCACAAAUGGUGGUUUUACUGAACUUUGUGACAUUGAUUCCUUGUGCCUUAUAUCCAGGUGUUCAUUGUUGGGUUGUUUUUUUAUGUAAGAGAACCUCGCGCAUCAUCCAGCUGUAUGGCAGAAACAGCAUUAAGCAGAAGGGAAGAGAUUCCACUCUGUGUUGCAGUACUGCCUUGUGCAAAAUGGGUGUCUUACAUUCAUAUCUCUCUUAUUUACUUCUUACUCUUAAGAUUUACCAGUUUAUGAAGCCCAUUAAGUGUAAUAUCAGGCACCUACUUUGACAGCGAUAGCCUUCGCUUAUGAACCUAUACAUCCUCAAUUCUUUUGUCGAUUGGACUCAAUGGAUCAAUAUGUAGCAGCACUGGUGUUAGAGCUGGGAAGACUGCAAUUUGUUGUAAAAUCAGAUCAUAUAAUUGCCUUGAGAAGUGGGUACACUUUGAAUAUCUGCACAAAAAUACUACAUGACUGACCCAAAGAAAAAAUGUAUGGAUCCACUCUGUAACCCGUUGCAUUGACUCCUGCUUUUAUAUUGGCUAAUUUUUUUUAUUACAAAUGAUACAUUCAUGUCAUAUCAGAUUUAUUGUAAAUAAAAAUGGACUGCUUAAAUUUUAAAA